CUCAGGCAGCUAUAAAAGAAAGCAGCUCCAACUCUCUGCAGAAAUCUGAACAUCCUGUACAAAGAAGCUUCAGCAGCUCCUCAUCACACUUUGAGACUUAAAGCUCCAACAUGAUCUUGCUCCUCUUCCUGCUCGGUCUGGCUCUGGGUGCUCCUUCUGAGUCUCCUUCUGAUGAAAAUGAAGUGAAGCUCCAACUUGAUGACCGAGCAGUGCAGCUCCUGAGAGGAAACUGUCCCCCGUUCUGGUGGAGCUUCAACGGCCGCUGCUAUAAGUAUGUAGCUACACCGAUGAGCUGGUCUGAUGCAGAGUUCCACUGUUUGUCACAGGGAGCCAACCUGGUGUCCAUCCACAACAUGAAGGAAGAUAACUUUGUCAGAUCCUUGAUCAGGAACUUCGAUCCUGCUCAGAGACCCACCUGGAUUGGACUCAGUGAUGUUCACAGAGAGGGCAGAUGGAUGUGGUCUGAUGGCUCUGUGGUAGACUUUUUUAACUGGAAUGCAGGCGAGCCAAACAACUUGGCAGGAAAAGAGCACUGUGCUACAAACAACUUUAGCUCACAUAAGAAGUGGAAUGACUGCCCAUGUUAUCUCAGUUUUUCAUCUGUUUGUUUAAAACGCAAAGACUAAUCCAAGAUACUAAUUCAGCAACGGCAUGGUAUGUUGACAUGUAUGGGGAUUCCACAAAAAAGAUAACAAUGUAAACUUUUAUGUCAGUUUUGUUGAUCUGUGCUUUAAAUUGAUAAAGUAUUCCUACUGUUUCUGUAUGUAUGUAACCAUUGAAUGACAGAAUCUGUACAACGCUGUUGGCCUAAUGACACUUAUCAACUUUCACAAAACAGUAACAGGGACAGGCAUUAGUAGUUUUUAGUGCAUAUCUUAUCUUAAAUACACCAUAACUUAUUUAUGUGAUUUGUUUUUGCUUUGACAUCAGAACACUCAUACAGAGGCCACGUUGUCGUCUUUGUUAUGGUUAACCAUGAAAUUAGUUCACUAAUUGUCACCACUAAAGAAAUACUUCCUCCUUUUGUUGUCCAGUUGUAGUUUAUUUUAUCCAAACACACAUUAAUGCACUUUUUUAACUACGAUGUGUACAAACACAUGAUAACAUUUUAUUACACUUUGAUGCUUUGCAAAGCCGAUUUAUGUGGUGAAACACAAAUCAGUUCCUUUUGGAACAACAACUGUAAAUAACAACUGAUAAGACUGAGAAAACUGAGAAAAAUGAAUAUAUCAAAAAAAAAGUUCAAUUAAGGUUUUCUCACAUCUCUGGGAGGACUGACAGUCUUUCGAGGUUGAGAUAAUAAUGAACAUUAGCUGUUGUCCAAUGACAUGAACCCCCUCUCUGAAAGCCAUAUAAGAGUCUGUUAACAUGUCUCUGCAAUAUUCUCAGUAAUGUUCAAGCUCUAGGAAAAC